AAACAUGGUAAGAACACUAAUUAAACAGAAAUUUUACUAGUUAGUCAUUUGGGUACUUUCGAUUAUUUUUAUAGAACGUUGCUUACAUGGAUGAAUGCCUUAAGGCUGUCAACAUUUAGUCUAAAAAGAAAGGACUUAGCUUGGAAGAGAAAAGAUCUCGUAUGAUGGAAAUAUUUUUUGAAACCAAAGAUGUGUUUCAGCUGAAAGACAUUGAAAAAAUCGCCCCCAAAUCCAAAGGAAUCACUCCCAUGUCAGUGAAAGAUGUGUUGCAGAGUCUGGUGGACGAUAACAUGGUGGACACAGAGAGGGUGGGCACCUCCAACUAUUACUGGGCAUUCCCCAGUAAGGCCCUGCAUGCCCGUAAAUGCAGAUUAGAAGAGCUGAAGAGACAGCAUGAGGAGGGGAAGCAGCGUAAAAUAGCCCUUCAGCAAGCAGUUGACAAAGCCAAAGUUGGACGUGAAAUAAACGAGGAGAGAGAGGCUCUUCUGAAGGAGCUGGUGACAUUGAAAGGUCAAAGAGACCAGAUGAAGGCUGAACUGGAAAAAUACAAAGAAUGUGAUCCAGAAUUGGUGGAGGAGAUACGUAAGGCCAACAUUACAGCAAAGGAGGCAGUGUCUAGGUGGACAGAUAAUGUUUUUGCUAUCAAAUCUUGGGCAAAGAAGAAGUUUAGCUUCGACGACAGUCGUUUAGACAAAGCUUUUGGAAUACCAGAGGGUUUUGACUAUAUUAACUGACCAAAACCCAUACACUUUUUGAUCUUAAGAUUUUGUUUUACUGUUGUUCAAUACAUUUGUUUUGUUCCCCUACAUUGUUUGAUGCACACAUAUGUGACGUUUUGUUUAUGACAAAGCAUUGACUCGAUAACAUUUUGAAGAAUUUGGUGGGCAUUCUUGGGGGUUCCCAUAUCCUUUCAGUUUUAACCUUGUCUGAUCCAAGAUUGAUUUGUAAGCAUAAAAGUGUAAACAAUUGUGAAAAUGCUCUUGGUGUGAAAGUGGAGAAGGUGGUAUGUUAACCCUUGGCAACUCUUGAGUCUUUCUGACUAUUUGGACACCUGUUGAAAGAAAAACUAGUCCUGGGUUGAAGGGAUAGUUUACUGAAAAAAUUUAAAUUCUCUUAUCAUUUACUCUCAUGCCAUCACAGAUAUGUAUGACUUUCUUCUACUGAACACAAAUUAAGAUUUCUAGAAGAUCUCUGCUCUGUAGGUAAUUUCAGUGUAAGUGAAUGGUGGAUAGACCUUUCAAACUCCAAAAAUCUGCAUAAUUUAUGACUCCAGUGAUUGAAUGUCUUUUGAAGCGAUGCAGUCACUUGGGGUGAGAAUCAAUACUUUUUACAGUAAAUCUCCAAUUUCACUUUAAGAAUGUGUUUAUAUAUAUAUAUAUAUAUAUAAGCUCUUAAUUAUUUCUGUUUCUUACCCAGACCUAUAAUAUUGCUUAUGAAGACAGAUUUAACCAGUGACUUUAAUGAAGUCAUUUAGAUUACUUUUAUGCUGCCUUUCUGUGAUUUGUGGAGCUUGAACGAUCUGGUCACCAUUCACUUGCAUUGUAUGGACCUACAGAGCUUAAAUAUUCUUUGUUUGUGUUCAGCAGAAGAAAGUAAGUCAUACACAUCUGGGGUGUUUAAAUUAGAGAAUUGUAAUUUUUUUGUGAACUUUCCCUUUAAUGAUUUGAGGCGCUCAUCAAAGGCCAAUUCAAGUUGAUAAACAAUGGGUUGAGUUUAAGAAAUGUAACCACAGCUACUUGUGUUUGAUGUAUAUGCCAUUAUUCUUAAAAAUGUUUGACUUUGUAAAAUGAUUCCAGAGUUAUUCCAGAUGUACAGGGACACAUUUUUUUUGUUUGUGUUUAAGUUUAGUGGGCUCACCUAUUCACAAGGCAUGUUUUCUACAUACUUUAAGAAAAUGUUGUUAAUGAUUCUGUGUAAUCUGAUUUAAUAAAAGUGCAGUUAUCAAACAAGCUGUUCUGCAGAAUAAUAAUACUUUGAAAAAGUAUACAGAAACCAUUUGUUUUUGGGGAUUUCAUAAAUGUUUGUGUAAUAAUAUAUUUAUUACCGAAUAGUUGGAAUAGUUUUAAAUAUUUUAUUAAUGUAAUAUUAGUAAUUUAAAGUAAUAUUGUAGUUUUAACAUAUCGAUGAUCCAUGAAGUUAUCCUUGAGUAUCCAGUGAGUCUAGAUCUGCCAUACUACCAUUAGCAAUGUUACUGCAUUUAGUAGGCCCAAUGUGGGCAUAAAUCGAAGUGUUUUUUUGGUUGUAUUUACACAGAAUGCUUAAUGCUGCUCAGGGGUGGCAUAACUGCAUUUAGACAGAAAUUAAAAUUGCAUAAUAUUAUGGAUACAUUUUUCAAAUAUAAAAUUAUACUUUAAAUAUGAAACUAAAUUACGAAAUAUAUGCUCUAACAUGACAACAACAAAGUGUAAGGCUUCUAUGGCAUUUAAUUUACAUCGAUCCAAAGCAGUAUCAGAACUGCCUUUGAUACUAUAUGGGCUGAGGUGGGUCAGAGCAAGCAUAAUUUAGACUGGCUUUUAUGUGAGGCACUUACAAUGAAUUAUUCUGUUACUUAAAACGUGGAUUAAGUACUUGACAUUCCUCACAGGUGAAUAAAAAUACAAGUCAAUAACGGCUUGGCUGAGAGGGUUGAAUUUAUGUCCACGUCAAAAACAUUUUUAUAAACAUUAACAUAGACAAACUUUUGUUUAAAUUUGGUAAGCUAUUUUGUCUGUUGGACUUCCAUGAACUGGAGUGCGUCUUCUCACAAUUGUAAAACACACCUGUAGCAAAAUAGCGCUCUUAGCAAACAGCUGUUAUGAAUCUGAGAAAUAGGCCCCAGAUGGAACAAUGUGACAUUUUAUGCUGAUGCUUGCUUAUCUGCUUUGUAUGUUUUCAGAACUGUCUUGAGCACAUAUUGUACUUGAUAAUAAUGUUCUUCUGUAAAUGAGAGGAAACGACCCCAUUUAUGGAGGAUUGUGAAAGUUCAAUACUGGGGUUGUAACCAGCCUUGUGUGACAAGAACCAUAUAAAACCCUUGAUUGCUUUUAAUAAAUCGAGGAAUUG